AUGUCCGAGUAUCGUUACAAGGAGCUACUAAAAGAGAGUUUAAAAGGUGAAAAUAUAGAGAAUGAUACAGGUAAAAGAAAAAAGAGAAAGAUUGGUGGACAGCACAAUCCCAAUCAGCCAGAUGAUGCAAGAACAGAGAACCAAGAAGUGAUUACGAUAUCAGAUAAUGACCAAGAAAGCGAUGACAGUAUCAAUUCAAGUGACUUUGAAGAUGUAAACUUAGAAGAUGAUGAAGAAUCGUAUGGUUUAAGUUUAUUACCUGAUAAUUUGGAAGAUUCAAAUGUGAAACCAGAAUCGUUAUCUAUAACGAUAAAUCCUGUUCAAGAAGAGGUUAAAAGGAAGAGAAAAUUCAAUUCUAUAUCCAAAAACGAAAAAGAAUUACGCAAGAUUAUUCAUCAGAUGUACGUGGGAUUAAUGCUAUCGCAUGGUGUAAUAAGAAAUAGAUGGUGUAAUGAUUACAGUUUAUUAAUGGAAUUAAGGAAGAGCGUAUCGCCUCAAAUAUUGGAGUUGUUGCACCAAAAAGAAUCCGAUGACGUGCUACCUCUUGUUAAGUCCAGGAGAUUCUUAGAUGGACUAAGGAAAUUGAUGAUGAUGUAUUCCUCGAAUUAUCGAGUUACUGCUCAAGGUUUAGUUCGUAAAAAUUGGAAUGAACUUUCUAUUAAGCAGUCAAAGACCGAAGUUAAUGUUACUUUUAAUAAGUUUUUUAAUUUAGUUACAAAAUUUAGAGGUUCUCGUGAUAUAGCUGCUCAAGGUUUCGUAAGUUUGUUGAGGUCUGUUGAUUUGAAUGCUAGGUUGAUUUUUUCCAUACAACCUCCUGAUUACACUUUAAUUGCAGAGCUUCCAAAAAUUGACAGUACCAACCAUACUUCAAAGUAUGAAGUAAACCCAAGUCCUUUGCUACAGAAAUUUGCUACUGGAAAUAAUAAAAAAAAUCUAUUAGCUUCAAUGAGGAAAAAGUCCACUACUGUAACAGAUGAGAUAAAAAUUGCAAAUUACUUUGAAGACUCACCAUAUCCUAUAUUUUGGGUAGAAGUUUGGGAUAAAUACGUUAAAAAAUGGGUAAGUAUAGAUCCCAUUUCUCUUCAAACAAUUGAAGUCCCACCCAUGAGAAGAAAAUGUAAGUUUGAACCACCAUCUACUGACGCGAGAAACCAAUUAACAUAUGUAAUUGCAUAUGAUAGACUCGGAGGCGUAAAAGACGUUACUCGGAGAUAUAGUCUAUAUUAUAACGCUAAGACAGUUAAGAAAAAGAUCCAUUUUAGAUCAGAGGAAGAUGAAUCAUGGUAUAAUCGAAUACUCAAAGCAUCUUGUUCGCAGUUGAGAAGAAAUAAAGUUAACAAAAUUGAUAUUUUAGAAUUGAAGGAAUUCCACACAAGAGAUUUAGCUGAAGGAGUACCCAAUAAUAUCGCUGAUUUUAAGAAUCACCCAGUGUAUGCUUUGGAAUCACAACUAAAACAGAAUGAAAUAAUUUAUCCCAAAGACGAUAGUAGUACAUGUGGAUUUUUCAGGAAUAAGUUAUCAAAGAGGUCUCAGGAAAAGGAUCAGACUGUUAUACCGAUUUUUAAAAGAUCACAUGUUUAUGGUUUAAGAUCUGCCAAAGCUUGGUACCUUCGGGGAAGAGUGCUAAAAGUUGGGGUGCAGCCAUUGAAGUUGAAGAAAAAGCAAACGACACUGAAACAACCCACUAGUGAUGAUGAUGAGGAUGAAGAAAUGACAAGACUUUAUGCAGAGUUUCAAACUAAACUAUAUAUACCUCCACCGAUUGUCGAUGGUGUGGUUCCUAAGAAUGCAUACGGAAAUAUCGAUAUUUAUACUUCAAGCAUGUUGCCAGAGAAUGGAUAUUUGUUUGAUACUUCGUUACAGUGUUCUAUGAAGAUUGCGGAAAGAGCCGCAAAAAUAAUUGACAUUGACUAUGCAAAAGCCAUCGUUGCAUUUGAUUUUGGUAAGCCUAAUAAAAAAAAAUUUCAAAGCAGAAAUCCUACGGCAAGAGAAGGAGGAAUAUUAAUUGAUAUUCAAUAUAAAGAAGCUCUAUAUUUGGUUGUGAAUGCACUUUUAGAAGAAGAAGAUACUUUGAGAAGAAAGGCAGUCGAAUUGAAUUCGUUGAAUAAUUGGAAAUACUUUUUGAUGAAAUUAAGAAUAUCGGAACGGUUGAACAAAAUGCAUGGUAAAUUAAAUAGUGAAGGUGAGGAAUCUAAUUUCACUGAUGAACUGGGAGAUAGUAAUUUUAGUGUUCAUAGUGAUAAUCCUGAUAGCGGUAAUGAAUUGGGAGGUGGAGGGUUUUUUAUUAGUGAUAAUUCUGCUCUUGAAACUAAUACUGAAUCAAAAUUUGCUACCGAAAAGGAUGUUCCAGCAUCUAGAGAAAUUGAAAGUUCGUAUUUAAGGAACCUGAGAGAAAUUAAAGAAUCUAAUGACAAACUUUUUUCAAACAGAAGUGAAGACUUAAUAGAAGGACAAGGUGGGGGUGGGUUCUUUAUUGAGGAUCCCGAAUCUGAAGCUAAAGAAACAGAUCCCAAAAUUUGUGAUCAAUUGAACGACACAGAAUUAGACGAUAUACCUGAUUAUUAUUUCAAGAAAGAUGAAAAUGGGAAAUUGGUAUAUGAUCCGUAUAGUGAUGGUAACCAGCUGACGAGGGAACUAAGUUGUGAUGACGUUUCCGAGAACCUAGAAGAUGAUUCUGACUUCUUGAUCAAAGACUUUUCCAAGGAAGCUUUAAACCAAGAAGCUUUACACCAAGAAGCUUUUAAACAGGACCAUGGAGUCGAGGAAUCUUCAAAAAGGAUUCGUUCUUCAGAAGAAAGUAAUGAUGUGCAAGAGAUAGGGAAGAAUAUAAUCGGUAAAAAUGAUUCAAGGACAAAAGACUCUCAGGAAUCACUGAGCGAAAUAGAGAGUUCCCAAGGCUCGUUUGACAAAGAUAUAGCUGACGAGGAACAUGUUUUUGGAUUUGAAUAUAGUGAUACUGACUAG